AAAAGCAGGUUCGUCAUGUACCCGGAGAAAAAAGAGGAUAUCGUCCUCAGCAGCUUCUUCAGGAAGCUAGACAAGACACAAUGAGAGCUAAAAGCAGCAGUCCUCUUGUUCCUACACCCGAGGAAGACGAUAUGUCUGGGAAAUCCGCAAGAUUUGGAUCUGGAAGUCCAAUUCAGAGGAAACCACUUCCGGUGCAUGAACCUAAACCAAACCUUCAGGCAUCUAUGCAGCUGAAAUAUCCGAUAAAGAGAUUUGGAACUCAUGUAAGAGACUCGUUAAAGAAUAUGGAUGACGUUAGUCCUGUGUUUGCUGAAUCAGAAGAGUUGAACUCCGAGGAAAUAGAGAAGAUACAAGUAAAACCUUCUCCAAAGCAAGAUAAGAAAAUCAAAAACUCACCAGCACCUCAUCUAAGAAAAAGACCUGGAUCUCUUGAUCUUGGGAAGCAAGUAUCCAGACGCUGUUCAUCUACCACUUCGUCAGAUGCUAAACGAUCAUCUACAUCUUCUGGAGAAAAAGAUCGCUCUAAGAAAUCAUCAAAUUCAUCAAUUACUCCAUCAACUGAAUCCUCUCAGAGCGGGAUAUCAGCUAGACAAUGGGAUUUAUCAACAAAAGAUCAAGUUCUACAACAAGCUUUAGAAGAAGAAGAUAAUUUUCUAAAGUUCGUGGAAUCGUUAGAGUUUGAAAAGGAUCCGAUUUGUAAAUAUAUUGAAGAAACCCAGCAGGAACUGAGUCCAACAAAGCUAGAGGAAUCUGUUCCAACUAAACAAAUUGGAAAUACAAGAGUUGGGUUGGAUCAUCUGGACGGACUAUGCAAGCUAAUGGAAGAACUUUCACAGUUAAAAGAUCAAAAUCUACAUCUGCAAAAGCGUUUAACCUUUCUUGAGGCUGGUAUGGAGGAGCAUGGUAUCUCUGAUCCCGGGAAAAGGUUUCCUCAUUUUGAUCCACUGAAAAGAUCUGGUGAUCUGAAGGGGAUAAAAGGAGAGGAGAGAAGAGGAAAAAAUGAGGAGAUACUAGGCAGAGAAGAGGAAAACAUUGAAUUAAGAAAGGAGAAAAUUGAAGGAAGGGGAAAAAUUCUUCCUUGGAAUAAACAGGAAGAUGAUUAUAGUUUUAAGAAUUUGAGUGACAUGUAUCUAACUUCAAGUAUUCUUCAAUCAAGCACUUCAAGCUCUUCGGCAUCCCUACCCUUGGAGGCGUACAACUUCAGUGUAAGUACUCCUGGUCUAAAUGUUCUACGAAGUUCCUCAGUUACUGAUUGUGUCAGAGGUGAAGGCUGGGAUACAAGAGAAGGACCUCGGAGACAUUCAUUAACAAGCCUCAGGGACUCGAUGGUGCAUCAGGAUAUUGAAAAAAAGAGAACUAAAAGUACAUGGUGCAAGGUGAAGAAAAUGAUUUCAACACGACGAGAGUCCCUGAAGAAAAAACAGAAGUUUGAAACAGAUACAAUUGGAAACUCCUUUGAGAGUGAAUGUGAGGUUGAUGAUCUAUUCUGUACUAAACCUAUGGAAAGGUUUACUGUACAGGAAAAUUUGCCGAAUGUGAAGAAAGUGCGCGGUAAGCCUCCCGACAUUAUUCUGAAAAGAGAUUUAGAGAAAACUUUAAAUUCACCACAUCAAGUUACAGGAGGUGCUGGAGUAUUUCGUGAGCACAGACCAGAGACCAGGACAGAUCACAACAAGUUCAAGUGGAGCAAUGUCAAAAAUGCAUUUUUAGCUCCACCNUACCCCCCCCCCUUUCCAACAAGUUGCGCCUACAGGGGACCCAACGGGAUUGUAUCAAAAGAUAAAUCACGAAUUUCUCCAGUUUUUGUUUAUGAUGAUCAAAUUAUUCAACAAAUUGAAGGAUCUAACUCAGAAAAUAGCAAUGAGACUUUGAAUAUUAGUUCUGAGAUUCUCAAGAACUAUGAAAAACUGCAGAGAAGUUUAAGCGAUGAGUUUCACAGAAAAAUGUCUGACUGGGAGAGAAAAAAAACCUGGAGAGAAAAUUUAGGAAUGUCCUUCGACGAAACAAAUCUUUCAGCUGACUUCAGGUCUAAAAUUUAA